GAAGGACUGUGAGCAGACUGGCAGCUUUCUGCCUGUAGUGGUGGAUGAAGGUGGUGCUUAGGACCAGUUCGGGGUGGAGUUUUUAUUGCAAGUUGUUUUUAUCAUGCUGCUUAGAGACUUUACAAUGCAACGUGCAUCUCCUGAGAUCCCAGGCUGCUUGGCAGCACAUGCUCCCAGCUGCUUGGAAAUCUGGCAUUUGGAAUUGCCCUGUUUCUCUUAAAGACUGGAUGGCGUGGUGUUGGUGGAGCUGUUUCCUUGUCCUUUGACAGCUGCCUGCCUUCUUGAGCUGACAGUGCCUUUGUGCAAGAAUAUCAGGGAGGGGGAGACAGCCUUGCUGCUUGCUGAGGAGUCCUUAUAUCGUUUAGGGUCACUCAGGAAAAAAGCUCAUUGUUCUCAUUUUCUGGAACUUCCACUGGAUUGAAAUACAGAAUGAAUGGGACCUUAUUUAACCAAACCCUGGUGGAAGAAGGGAUGUAUUCCAAUCGAUCCCAAGACCUGGGCAUUUUGAUUGGCUGCUGCAAUGGGACAGGAACAGUGGUGGCCAGCGAUGGGGGGGCGUCUGUCCUGCUCCCAGAUGAAAGGAACCUCUUCAUCACCCGAGUGGUCCAGAUCGCUGUUCUUUGUGUCCUCUCGUUGACUGUCAUCUUUGGGGUGUUCUUUCUGGGCUGCAACCUGCUCAUCAAAUCAGAAAGCAUGAUCAACUUUUUGGUCAAAGACCGCCGGCCAUCCAAAGACGUUGGCAUUGCAAUCAUGGGACUGUACUGAGCAAAGAUUGUGGAAUGUUUCUCAGUGGGUGACUCAAGGAAUAGCAUUCUGCUGCAAGUAUAGGAUGCCAAUAUUAUUGAGGCUCAAGGAAGGGGAUCCCACAGUAUCAUGUUGCUGG